AUGAGAAAAGGGAAAAACCUAAUUUUAUCCUUCCUCUUGAUUAUUCAAAUUAAUUUUUGUAAAAAUGUCACUGUAGGAAAAAAAAAUGAAAGGAUUGCUCUUUUUCUACAUAAAAUAGUUGAUAUUAAAAAAAUUAAAUUUAAUUUUCGCUUAAAGGAUAGCUGUACUUUUUUAACAGGCAUCAAGCCUAGUGGGAGCAUUCACUUGGGAAAUUAUAUUGGUUGUUUACACCCUCUUAUAAACGUAGAAGCAAAAAAAAAAAAUACAAAUUAUGUAAGCAAAAAUAAGGAAAAUGUAGUAAAGUUAAAGAAAAUAAUAUUAAUUGCUGAUCUACAUUGUUUAACAGACAUAAACAAUAUGUUUUUCUUGAAACAAAAUGUUCUGGACUCUGUAAAAGUUAUUAUUUCUUUGAUAAUAGACAUGUAUAUAAAGAAAAAAGAAUAUAUAAAUAUUUAUAUAAAUAAUAUAAAAUUAGAAAAAAUUUUAACUUAUUUUAAGAGUGGUCUCAUAGAUGAAGCAUAUCUAAACAAGCUAUUAUGUUCCAUUAAUGUAUACGAAUCUUAUUCCUUUUUGAAUUAUGAGAAACAGAAGGAUGAUUUCGAUGUAGUAAAUAAUGCCCACAACAUUAUUCAGGGUAAAUUAUUUAAUGAUGAAAAAACAAAAUUAAGUAAAAAAAGUCUUGAAGAAAAAAAUAUCAGUGGUAAAUACGAAAGAACUGCCAAGAAGAAUAUUUUCCAAAAACAUUAUUUCUACAUUUUUAAACAAUCAGAUAUUCAAGCACAUACAUCUCUAUAUUAUUUAAUAAAUUCUUUUACGUCAAUUAAUUUACUGAAUGACCAUAUACAUAUAAAGAGUAGUGGAAAGAACAAAUCAUUUGCCUUGAUUUCUUAUCCAAAUUUAAUGUUAGCAGAUAUUUUGCUUUAUGAACCUAAAUAUUUAAUAGUAGGGUUAGAUCAAAAAAAAAAUGUAGAAAUAAUUAAAAAAAUUUCCAAAAAAGUAAAUACCUAUUUUCCACAUACUGUAAUCCUACCAAAUAUUUUCUGCCCAAAAUUUCACAUAGAAGUAAUGAACUUGGAUGGUCAGAAUAAAAUGAGCAAAAAUAAAGACCUCUCAGAUAAUGAAAAUAUAAAUAAAAUUAUUUAUCUAUUUGAUGAAAAGGAUGUAAUAGAAAAGAAAAUUAAGAAAAGUAAAACAGAUAAUUACAACAUUUUAACUUAUGCAAAACCAAAUACAAAGGAAAUAAAUAAUCUCAUUAAUAUUUUUCUUUUCUUCUACUAUUAUAAAGUUAAAAAUGUUUGUGCACAAACGGAAAAAGAAAAAACCAACAAACGUUUUCAACUAUUCGAAGAUAAUCUCUUUUUAAAUGAAAGAGAGCACAGUCUAGAGAAAAAUCAUAAAACAAAUUUUAAACCGGGCACACCUGAAAAUGUUGAAAGUUCAAAUGAUAACAUUAAAUGUCUUAGUUACUUAAAAAAAAAAAAAGACAUUUAUACAAUAAAAAACAGUUCAAGCAAAAUAAAUGAAGAAAAAUUAUUUUUUAAGCAUAAUAAUGUAAAUCCAAAUAUUAACCAAGAAACUAUAAAUAAUAUUUUAUCCUUUUAUAACAACAAUUAUUCUAAUUUUAAAUACGAAUUAUCUCAACUAAUUUACGACCAUUUUGUGGUGUCAAAACAUUUUUAUAAUAUCUUUUAUUCUCAUGAUAAUUUAGUGGAUUAUAUCUUAAAAAGGGGGAAAAAAUGUUUAUCAAAGAGAGCAUCCAAAACUUUUAAAAAAUUCAAAAGAAGGCUGAAUAUUUAA